CAUUGUUUGAAGACACAUCAUUUUAUAUAAAUAAUGCCUACAUCACUAAACCGUGGAAUGGAAGUAUUUAAGCGAGAUAAAUAAACCGGGGAAAAUUACAUUCGCUUACAUUUUGUUCCCUUUAUGUUAUUAGUUUACCACAAGGUUCGUUGAUGCGAUCAGGACUGUGUUGUCUUGAACCGUUUGAUGAAACAUAGGUCCAUUAUGCACCCGAAGGAAAGGUGUCUCUUAGGCGUUUGAAUAUUCAGAAAUGGCAGAAGGAGGCAUCGGGUAUACAGAUUCAGAGACUGGAAGCGUUCCCGGACUCAGCAGUCUGUACAGUCGUCACUCCCGGAAUUAUGUCGAAUGCGUGUCCACGGAGAUCAGUACUAUAAUGACCCGCCUGGGGUAUGGCGAAGAGAUGAGACGGUGGCGGGUUGCGAAGUACAGGGAGUUAGAUAGGAUGUACAAUAAAAUACUCUGUGAUGUAUGUACUUUGUUCACAGCUGGCAGCAAGGCAGAGGGGCUGACAAGAUUCUUAGAAAGCGACAUUGACAUUAUGACGGUUGCGAACAGUGCCCUUUGUGUGGAAGCCGGUAUCAAUCUUCACACUAUACAAGACGACAUAGCUCUGUUUAGGAUGGAUACACGUGUAUAUCCAGGACACUGUAAACUGUUUCUAGAGAGACAAGGGUCUAGACGUUGCAUAGAAUUUGAAAAGGCUUUUUGUGAUAAUGGAUAUGGAGACGUUCUUUUAAGUAGUAGUUUAUAUCUAGACGAAAUAUCGACAAUUUGGUCUUUAUUUCCACAGUUUCGGGAAGGAAUGGUGGAUGCCGAACGUGCGGGGCCGUCAUUACCACAUACUUCAGGUGGGGUAGUGCAUAUGGACAAAGUGCGCGCACUACGCUGUUCAUGCCCCAGCAUAUUGGACAGAUGGGCUUCCAGACCCCGUCAUUGGCCGUCACCAGUCAUAGUUCAAAAAGUCGUAUCAUUAGGGGCCUAUGUAACCCCAGUAGGUUUUAAGGGAAGCGAAUUCAAACACAUGGAGUGGAGGAUUUGUUUCAACACUGGUGAGACAGAACUUGUGAACAACCUUAAUGACACUCAAGCAAAAGUGUAUGUUAUACUUAAAAUGAUCCUCAAAGAUAAACUAAAACCAAAUAAUAAAGAAAUUACAUCAUACGUUCUGAAGAACAUAGUAUUAUGGCAAGCUGAACGUAAUCCCCAGUUACAAUUUCAUGCUCGAAGUUUGUGUCACUGGCUACAUGACGGUCUGAGAGAACUAAGUACUGCUAUUGUAAAAAAACAUCUACCGUAUUACAUGAUUCCUGAACGAAAUUUACUGGAAGCAUGUGGUAUGAAUGAUGUUUUGCAGCGAAAAUGGGUUGCAGGUAUCACGGACAUGCUAGAAGAUUUUCCCAGGGUAGUACUGAGAUUGCCGAAGAUACGAAAGGCCAUUGUCGGCUCACCAGAGCCUAUGUUGUGGUUCAGCAGUGGAAGGAUGGAGCUGGAGAUGCUGAACCUGGAGUGGUUUAUUAGAAAACAGGAAUGUUUGUUUAAAACUAGGGAUAUCAACUACUCAGAUUUCACUGUACAGGCGAUAGAGAGACGCAUAGCACAGAUAAUUACAGAGAUGCAACUACACAUGCUCCUGGAUGGCAGUUCCAUAAUUCAGAGGUCGGAUAUUUUCAAAAGAAUGUUAAUGUAACAAGGAAAUAAUCAAUACUUAAAUUACACGCGUAUCUUGUCGGAAUAGUCAUAUAUACACGUAUUAAAUACAUUCUUUGAAAUUAAUAAGUAUCAGCGAAGCAGUAGUAGUAAUAUUAUGAUAAUGUAAUGGUUUUAAGUUUUAGUUUAAAAGGCUGCCUCAGUAACAAUUUAAGCGUGCGCGACAAAAUAAGUAGUAUACUGGAACAUUUGACCAUAUCGUGUUGAUAUACUUAAAUAUUUAACUCGUCCGAUAAAUAUUGACAACCAUUUUUUAAUGUUAAUUUCUCGUGCCACCCACGCUUUAUAUUACUUUUUCUUUACAUGCUCAUAUGUUAAUUGUUCGUAAAAUGGCAUAUACAUAAACAUGUUUAUAUUCAUUAUGAGCAAGUAUCGGAAAACAAUAUCGUUUAGACAUUUGAUACCUUGCGUACAUUUAUACAGGCUGGUGACACUUAAGGUCUACGUUGAAAUAUUUUCAGAAAAUUCAUGUUAUACAUUUGAAAUGUUGGCGUGUGAUCGUAAAAACACAAUAUAAACUCCUUAUUUAAUUAUGACACUAUUUCAUUAUUUUGAAAUCGUGACAUUAUGACAUAAUUUUGAAAGAUUGAUUUUUGUAUCAUAUUUUGCAUAUUUUGUAUUAUCCCUUGUAUGUUCGUAUGUAUUUUCAAAAUAUAUACGUAAGUUCUGUUACUGAAGACCACAUUGUAAAAAAGAAAUUAUUUCUUAAUGUGAAUUCUUCAUGAAAUAAAAUAAAGUUAUUAUACACUAUGUAAAGCAGAAGUAUAUUUUCCGGCAUAUUUUUGUGUUUUUACAUUUCUAAAUUUUACCAUAAACCUCAUUUUAAACCAAGGCUCAAAAACUAUCUGAAUAAGUACUGAUUAUAAGCAAUAACUGUUUUUCCGAGUUUCAGAUUUUUUAAUGAUGGCAAAUUUCGUAGAAAAGCGUCUCAUGUUGUGUUAGACGCAGAAUAGAUUAUUUAUAUUACAGUCACGUCUCUGAUGUCACAUCCAAACAGAAAAAAAGAAGAAAAAACAAUUCAUCAGCGUUUUCAUAAUCGGAUAUAACAUGACAUGUAAAACGUACACUCUUCUGGAAUACAUUAACCUUCAUUACAUAACAACCGUCAACUCUACUAAAUACGUAUUUUUAACAAAAUCGAGUAAAAACAAAUGUAAGGGAAAUGCGCAGCCCGGGAAACAGUUAUGUAAACUGCAAAAUAAGUUGUUGUUGUUGAGGUUACAGUAUAGUUUUUAACUAAGAUAUGCAAUGGUUUAUUCGCUUUAAAGGGGCCUUUUCACAGAUUUUUUAUUUUUUUUUACGUUUGUCAUUAAAUGCUUUAUAUUGAUAAUUGUAAACAUUGGAAAUAAAAAGCUCCAGUGAAAUAUCGAUAUUGGGUUCGAACCACUGACCCCUGGAGUCUUGGAGUAAAAGUAUAAACCAUUUAGACCACUCGGCCAUCCGCGCUCACUCAAUGUAGAAAGUAUUUUAUACUUUAUAUAAGCAAUCUUCGUAGUUUCACAAAAUAUAACGAUAACAACAGAACUCUCCAAAUUAUUCAAUCGUUUCGCGUUGCAACGCUUUACAACUUUCAGGUUUUUAAAUCGUCAAAAGAUUCAUAUAUUGGCUAUUUUAGAGCAUGGUAAAUGUUCAGUAUUACUGUUUCCUCACAAAUAUCAUCACUAAAUCGAAAAUUUGCGAAUCUGAAACAACUUUUUAAAAUUUUGUCAUUUUGCCAAAACGUGAAAAGGCCCCUUUAAUCAUAUUGAUUUAUUGUAGUACAUGCUUUCGUUGAAAGGCACUCGUAUGUUAUAUUUUUUGUUCAAUCUGUAGGGAGGACAUGGACAUUUACACUUCAAUAGACAUUAGCCAGGAAAAAUGUUGAACGCGUUCUGAGAAAACUGGGCUUAUUUGCCAUGUAAGACAAAAUAGAAAUGAGGAUUGUUUUUAGAAAACUGGGCUUAAUGUAUGUGCGUAAAGUAUCAUCCCAGAUUAGACUGUGCAGUCCGCACAGGCUAAUCAGGGACGACACUUUCCGCUUUUAUGGUAUUUUCAGUUUCAAGGAUGUCCCUCCUUACCGAAAAUCAAGUUUAGACGGAAAGUGUCGUCCCUGAUUAGCCUGUGCGGACUGCACAGGCUAAUCCGGGAUUACACUUUACACAAAUGCAUUAAGUCCCAUUUUCUCAGAACGCGAUUCACUUCUAGUUAAUUUUAGUAAGUUUCUAUUUGUUUUUCUUACGUGGAAAAUAUAUUACGCACCUUUUUUCGUAAACGCAUUAUUUGUACAGCAUGCUUAUAUAGUGUUAAGGAUUGAGGUAAAAUAAACAUAUAUACUUU